CACUAUGGCGAGAGGGCGGCUGGGUGUCAGCGCUGCUAGCAGAAUGGAGAUGUUGCAAGUUGUUUUCCGGGGAUGAUUGUUGCAAUGGUUUUCUUAUGUGGAACCAUCAACUAAUUGAUGAAUAGCUCGGAAUGUCUUCCCCGAAACCAUACCUUUCGUACCACGACAUCCGCCUUGAUACGGAAGACAUCAAGGCACUCAAGCACGAUUGGCUGACGGAUAGUGCCAUCGCUUUUUGGGAAGAAUGGCUUGAGCGUGAAGUCUUGCCCAAGUACCCGCAGGCUAGGAUCGUACUUCUCCGGCCCGUCGUCUCUCAUCUCUUGAUGCAGACGACUGACCUCCAAGGGGACGCCUCGGCCUUGCCCGACUUCCGCAAGAUAACGCACAUUUUUCUUCCAAUAAGUGACAGUCGCGACCGCUGGAACGCCGACAGUGGGAGUCAUUGGUCCCUUCUACUCGUAUCGGUGAUUGACCGGGUAGCAUUCCAUUAUGAUUCCCUCGGUGGCUCCAAUUUCUCCGCCGCUAAGAGGGGAGUAGAGCGGUUGAGCAUUGUCCUGGGCGUCCCAUUGCGAUUUCAUCAGCUGGAGGACACUCCCCAGCAGGAAAACAGCAAGGACUGCGGUGUCUUUGUCUGCAUCCUGAUGAGGCACUUGCUCAUCAAGCGCCUUCUCAACGCCAACGCUUACGAGAAGGUGUCCAUGUCGAUGGCGGGGAAAAUGGUUGACAGCCGCGGGGGGAGGAAAGAGAUGUUGCGAAUCGUCGAGUCGUUACGGAAGGAGGGCGAGAGGCGCCGGAGUGCCAGCCCAUUCGCCAGCUCGUCGAACGACCCACCACGCAUCGACUAGUAGUUCUGUGAGCAGGCGUUACGAAAAUGGGCCACAACUGGGCGGCGUUCGCGAUAUUGUUUUUUUUUUUGGGCGUUGGGCAAGACCUAAAUGGACAUCAAGAGUUGGGCCGGUGUUGGAGCCUAUUAGGAUGGCGUUUGCGGUCGAAGGAGUUAGGGAGUUGGGUCGAUCCCGAGUACCCCUGGGUUUUGAUGCUGGUUUUUUUUUUUUGGCGGGUAUUGAAUCAUGGCUCGCGUGGAUGCAGCGGUUAUUAUACGAAGUAAUAUGGACGGCGAGGGGAGGGUAAUUGUGCAGUAUUUGCGCUCAGCCUUCGGACUGGCCCAAGUCGUCACAUAAUUCCGACCCCUGUCAAGGGUUGGCAACGCCGAUUCACGUCUUUCAAGCGCUCAGCCU